AUUAAACCCUAGCUGCUGUAUUCUUCUUCCCCGACUGUCAUUCCUUCACUUCCGGGAAGAGAUGGGGAGCGAUGGUGAAGCCGAGAAGUCGGCGCAGAAGGAGAAGAAGAAGAUGCUAGGCCUGUCUCCGAUUGCCAAACCUCUGGCUGGGAAGAAGCUCUGCAAGCGAACUCUUAAACUUGUUCGUCGAGCUUCUGAACACAAGUGCUUAAAGAGAGGAGUAAAGGAAGUGGUUAAAAGUAUAAGGCGUGGUCAUAAAGGAUUAUGUGUUAUAGCUGGCAAUAUUUCGCCGAUUGAUGUGAUCACUCAUCUUCCUAUCUUAUGUGAAGAAGCUGAAAUCCCAUACAUAUAUGUCCCAUCGAAAGAAGACCUUGCAAGUGCAGGAGUGACUAAGAGGCCAACUUGUUGCGUUUUAGUGAUGACCAAGCCUGCUAAGGGGGAAUUAGAUAAAGGGGAACAAGAAAAACUGAAGUCAGAUUAUGAUCAAGUUGUAUCGGAAGUUAAUGAAGUUACUGCUUCUCUUUUUUGAAGCACGAAUUCAUUUUGUACUCUUUGCUUUGGCCAGUUAAAGCAUUUUACCAUGGACAAAUUGCUGAUAUUAUCUCUCAUAGGAUCUAUUUUCCCCCCUUUUUCUGUUUGUUUAUUUUUGUUUGGCAAUUUCUUUCCUUAUCGAGUAUAUUGUUGGGCGGUCUCGGGAUCAACUUGUCGGGUGGCAAAUCAGGCGGGAAAAUCUCUGAAAUCACACUGGCCAAAUCAUAGGGCAACUGUAUGAAUCAAUGGAGUCCAACGAUUGCUAUUAUGGGUCACUUGCAUAUUGUUCCUGUUAACUGAGAGUGAAAGAGACGGGAGCACUUGUGACCUCUCCUUGACUCUGCUUUUAAUGGUAUGUGUUUUAUUCGUGUAAA